CUGUUUGUCCUUGAUCGACGGUGUUUUGGGGGGGGGACCGACGAGAAGGCGGCUGGGCAGCGGAGUCCUGUCCGCCAUUCUUUUCUGCCGUAGCGAUGCAAGGCCUUGCAGUUCCACCGGCCCACGUGGCGCCAUGCGGCGGCGGCGUGGCAGCUGCCAGCAGCGGCAGUCGGGACCGCAGUGGAGCAGCAGGGCUCGGGAUUGCCAGGCGGCCAAGCUCCUCAGGUCUGGGUCUGGGUCUGGGUCUGGGUGUCGUUACGGAUGGUGGGUCGGCAUCGCGGUUUGGGGUCCAUUGCUUGUCGUUGGAACCGGCGAGGGGUGUGCGAUGGAAGAAGGGCGCGAAAGGCGGCGGCGGCGGCGGCGGUAACAAUUUGCCCUCAGGCGCCACAGCCAUAAUAAAUACCAGGUUAAUAAUAAUUGAAAGGGGGGGGUGCGCAAUUGAAAGGGGGCGACGAGGUAAGUUUGCGACACGUGGCGGCGUAGAGGUGAGAGCGGAUGGCACGGAGGCGACGACGACGACGUCUGAGACGUCGACACGUGUCAGUGGCGGAGAGGCAGGGGUAACGAAGCCAGCGGGAGGGGAAGCGGGGCCUGCGUGGCUUAAACCAGGAAGUGAGGAGUUGCCGCCUUGGGCGCGGAGCGAGGGUGGGGAAGGGUCAUCGUCAGAUGAAGGUUUUGAAGUCCCGUUCUGGGCGUGGCUGCUUGCUUCCUCCCUCGUCGCCAUAGCCGCCGUGGGGUCAAUCUUCGAGUACUUCAACAAGAACCCUGUCUUCGGUGUUGUGCCCCCCGAUAGCCCUUUUUAUGCGCCAAUACUAGGGUUUUUCGUAUUGACAGGCUUCCCAACCGCGGGCUUCCUGUGGUUCAAGGCAACCCAAGCAGCAAAUGCAAUAGCGGAAAGAAUGGACAAGGAAGAUGAGAUCUCUCAGCGCUGAAAACGGCAGAGAUUCUCUCUCUCUCUCUCUCUCUCUCUCUCUCUCUCUCUCUCUCUCUCUCUCUCUCUCUCUCUCUCUCUCUGUGUAUGGUUCAGCCUCCUGAUGAGUCAGUCGGUGAAACUCCGACGAAACAGUUUGUCAGAGCCCCUCGAUCGUUGUCCUCUUCUCCCUCCCUCCCUCUCGCCUACGGUUUACCGUACGCAGCUCUGUGUGACGAUAUAUAUUGACGAUAUAUUUAUCUAUCUAUUAAUUUAACUAUAUAUCUACCUAUCUAUGUAUCUAUGUAGCGAUCUCUCUGUUUAUAGAUCAUGAUUUUCUUGCCCCGUGUUACUCAGAG